AGUCCCCUCUUUCUUCUUCUCCUCGUCAUUCUUCAUUUUGAGACCCCAAAAAAUAAAAUUGUGAAUGCAAAUUUUGGAGCGUUUAUGCGCUUUGGUUGGAAGAUGGAAUCAACCACUGAAACUAGCGGAGGUGUAUCAUCAACCCAAGCAGUUCUGCUCGGAGCUUUAGCUCCUGGUGUGAAUGGUCCUACUUGGAUUACCUUAAAGUUGACUUUUUUGAUGAUGGGUAUGUGUCUUGCUGUUAUGUUGGGAUUAGCAUUCUCUUCCAGUGAUUCACCCUUGCUGCUUCAUGUUACUUUCCUUGUUCUUAUUUGUGUUACCCUCUUCUUGCUCCUUAGCUGUCGCACUAUGCCAAAGACCACAGAAUUUGGAUACUGGCUAACAAUUGUAGGCAUAACUAUCACGAACUGAUGAUGCCAUCAUGGCUGGAGCCUGGAGCUCACAUUAAUAGAAAUAGUAUAUUGUAGUCUGCCAUGCCAUUUAUUUGAAGUUUCAAAUCUUGCAUUAACAUACUAUCUAUGAGUCUGAUGUUCUUGUGUAAGUGCAUUAGGUCGUAAAAGAAGCGUGUGUGUAAGAUAAUCGUGUGUCUUGCAUGUGAACUGCAUUUUCGCUGUAGGUUUCUUGCACAAACUGGCCUAGUGACAGUUGAACAUCAAAUGCGCGAGAUGGGGUUAGUGCAAAAUGAUCAUUCAGAGACAACUAGAAAGAACCAAUAACUAAUUUACAGAAGUUGGGAAGGUUCUGUGGAUUCUUCUUUCAUCAUGGAAAUGCUUGAUAGAAUAGUUUUGGAUGAAUUCAAUGGACAGCACCCUAAGUCUUACAAAAGAUUUUGCCCGGAAUAUAGAGGCUGAAGAUGAUGUAGCUUGUGUUAAUGACUCUUGGCUUCCUAAUCCUUAUGUUUCUCAUUCUUUGGUUUAAUGCAACAAAAACAUGAACAGCAAGGGAAGUGCAACAAGAACUUCAUAGCUCAUAGCCUAUAUAAUGUUGUAGCCUUGUUGUGUAAAUUAAUUAAUUAAUUUAUUUAUUAAUAAUAAGAUUUUUGUGUGUGUUAUUGAUGCUGGCUACUUACAUGUUCAGUUUUAUGAAUAGACAUUUUGUUCAUGCUGACGCCACAGAAGAAUUUUGGCUUUUAUGGUUCAAGAAGAUUUUGAUGCUAUGUUAUACACGUGCCUGGGUUUUUAAAUCAGUUAAUGCUGUAAAAGAGAUAGGAUCUAGUUAGUGAUUGAAACUAGUCUGGUACCUAAG